CUUGCUUUACCCGUCACUGCCCUUUCUUACAUAUAAAAAGUCUUUUUGCAACUACUAAAACUGCUCUCACUCUCUCCCCCUCCCUCACUCACACAGCCAAAACCAUCAACUUUUCUGCUCCACCAGCCAUUUUUCUUACUGUUCCAAGCAAAGUGUAGGUGAAAAUGGCACAGAUCUUGGCACCCUCUGCACAAUGGCAGAUGAGAAUCCCAAAGAAUUCAAUGCCUGCGAGCCCCCUGACGACGAAGAUGUGGAAUUCCCUGCUGCUAAAGCAGAAUAAGAAAGUCGCAGCUAAAAAUACUGGCAGACUUAGGGUAUUUGCAGUGAACUCUGACAACAGCACCAUCAAUAGGAUGGAAGAUCUUCUAAAUUUGGACAUCACACCAUACACCGACAGAAUCAUCGCUGAGUAUAUCUGGAUUGGAGGAACCGGUAUUGAUGUGAGAAGCAAGUCAAGGACUCUCUCAAAGCCUGUGGAACAUCCAUCUGAGCUUCCCAAGUGGAACUAUGAUGGGUCAAGUACUGGACAAGCACCAGGAGACGAUAGUGAAGUUAUUCUAUACCCCCAGGCAAUUUUCAAGGAUCCUUUCCGUGGAGGUAACAAUAUUCUGGUAAUUUGUGAUGCAUACACACCAGCAGGUGAGCCUAUCCCUACAAACAAACGCCAUCGCGCUGCCAGUAUUUUCAGCAACAAGAAGGUUGCAGAUGAAGUUCCAUGGUUCGGAAUUGAGCAAGAGUACACCUUACUCCAACCAAAUGUGAAGUGGCCUUUGGGCUGGCCUGUUGGAGCCUAUCCUGGUCCUCAGGGUCCUUACUACUGUGCAGCUGGAGCAGAUAAGUCAUUUGGUCGUGACAUAUCAGAUGCUCAUUACAAGGCUUGUUUAUAUGCUGGAAUUAACAUUAGCGGCACAAAUGGGGAGGUUAUGCCCGGCCAGUGGGAAUAUCAAGUCGGUCCAAGCGUGGGAAUUGAAGCGGGAGAUCACAUUUGGUGCUCAAGAUACAUCCUUGAGAGAAUAACAGAACAAGCUGGUGUAGUUCUCACCCUUGAUCCAAAACCUAUAGAGGGUGAUUGGAAUGGUGCAGGAUGCCACACCAAUUACAGCACAAAGAGCAUGAGGGAAGAUGGCGGCUUUGAAGUGAUAAAGAAAGCAAUCUUGAAUCUGUCACUUCGCCACAAAGAACAUAUCAGUGCAUAUGGUGAAGGAAAUGAAAGAAGAUUGACCGGAAAGCAUGAAACUGCCAGCAUCGACCAAUUUUCAUGGGGAGUGGCUAAUCGUGGCUGCUCAAUCCGAGUAGGGCGUGAUACCGAGAAGAAUGGCAAAGGGUACUUGGAAGACCGACGUCCAGCCUCCAACAUGGACCCGUAUGUGGUGACCGGAUUACUGGCGGAGAGUACACUUCUAUGGGAACCAACCCUUGAGGCUGAAGCUCUCGCUGCUCAGAAGCUUUCGUUGAAAGUUUAAGGUGAUUUCGUUGAAGACAACCUCAUCAGCGCAGGAAGUAAUCGACUUGAAUUUCAUUGGCCUGCGCUGAGGGAAAGCUUUCUGGUGUUAGUCCUUAGGAAUGAUCUGUGUAAAUAAGAGUCCUGAUGCUAUCAGAUUGUAAAAUGGUCUCUUGGAUUGAGAAACAUCAUAUGGAUAAGGAUUCUUCAUUGCCCAUAUUAGUUUUGUACUUAUGGGUAAACAUUUAUUUACUUAUUGUUUGAACCAUUUUUUAUUCA